UUAAUGAUAACCAACCUGGGACAUGUAACACAGUCCAUGGAACGUGGACAUACUGUAUGUACUGUGAGACUCAUGUCAGUCAAGACGAAAUGGAAACUUUGCUCCAGCUUCUGACCCAUGGCAACGCUGUGCUCCUCAUAAUCAUUUUGGGAAUCGGAGGAAGUUUUCAAGUUGGUUACCAUGUGACAGGACUGAGCUCUCCCUCACCGUACAUCCAGCACUUCAUCAACAGUAGCUGGCAUCACAGGUACGAUGAGCCCCCGUCUCCUCAGACAGUCACCAUGAUCUGGUCUCUCAUCGUCUCCAUGUUUGCUGUCGGGGGACUGCUUGGAGCUGUGAGUGUCAAAUUUUUCUCAAGCAGGCUGGGAAGAAAAAGAGCAAUUAUCUGCAACAGCUUUAUUGCCAUUGUUGGAGCUGGAAUCAUGCUAACGAGUAAAGAGGUCAAUUCAUUUGAAAUGAUAAUUGUGGCAAGGAUUCUGUUUGGCUAUUCUUCAGGUUUGGGUUCAAGCCUCCAUUUAAUGUAUCUGGGGGAGAUUUCACCCAAAAAGAUUAGAGGGAUGGUGACUAUGACAUCAGUCACUUUUACAUCACUCGGUAAACUAUUUGGACAGUUGUUUGGAUUGAGUGAGAUCCUUGGACGCGAGCACCUGUGGAACGUUGUUCUGUGUGUUCCAGCCUGUUUCUCUGCCCUUCAGGUCAUAGUGCUGCCUUUUCUUCCUGAAGCACCCAGAUAUCUAUUCAUCGAGAAAGGUGAUGAAAAAGCUUGCAAAAAAGCCCUCCAGAGCCUGUGGGGCCAAGGGGAAUACAAACAAGAAAUUGAUGAGAUGUUGACAGAGCAACUGGCCAUUGAAGAAGUCCCAACCAAGAGCGUCCUGGAGCUGCUGUCGGACAGGACUGUCCGCUGGCAGCUGAUCACCAUGUGCACUGUCUGCUUAUGCAACCAGAUGUCAGGCAUGUCUGCGAUCAGCACCUUUUCUUUUGACAUUUUCCUGGAGGCUAAUAUACCCAAAGACAAAAUUCGCUACAUCACUCUUGGUCUUGGAGUUUGUGAGAUCAUCACCUCCAUCUCUUGUGGUCUUGUCAUCGAGCGCGUAGGAAGGAGGGUGUUGUUCUGGGGGGGGUAUGGACUCAUGUCUGCAUGCUGGGUUUUGGUCACCAUCACACUGAACCUAAAGGAUUCAAAUGACUGGAUUCCAUAUGCUACUGCUGUUUUACUAAUCUUGUUCAUCAUCUUCUUUUGUGGAGGACCUGGUGCGGCCACAGCGACGCUCAACAGUGAGCUCUUCAUCCAAUCCCAUCGACUGGCAGCCUUCGUCCUCCUGGGACUGCUACGCUGGGUCUUAUUUGCAAUAAUGGGCCUGAUCUUUCCAUUUCUCAUCAAUGCACUCAGUUCGUACUGCUUUACGCUGUUUGCCUGCGUGUGCCUCCUGGGUAGCUUUUAUACCUCCUUCCUCUUGCCAGAGACUAAAGGCAAGACCCUGCUGGAGAUCUCAGAGGAGUUUAAAGCCAUCACUGUCUGUGGGAAGUCCUUCAUAAGGGAAGAGAAAACAGAGUCCAGACUGUGAGGCUGUUUUCACACUAUGAAGGAUUGUUGGAAAGAAUGAGAGAAAGUGUUAAAUUACUGAAAAAGCAACUGUAAAUUUGCAGGAAGAAUCUUCAGAGAUAAACUAAUAAAAU